AUGGUCGCAUGGGGUCGCGGUGCGACAGCAGCCGUGUUCGGGAUAGGUAGAGGCCGGCAUUCCCAAGGUGGACCCGAUGGCGGGAAAAGCGGGUUACCACUAACAUUUUCGGAUAGCGAUCGGUGGAAGACGAGCAAUGGGUGCGGUUUCGCCGUGCUGGUAACCCGACGAUGGGAGUCGCUGCUGGUGUGGGCGAGCAGUGGCGGAAUUCGCUGGCUGGUCGCAGGCUUGGCUAUCGCUAUCAUGUUUUCCAAGGCCCUUGCCGUGUGGCUACAGACGCUGCUGAUCGGCCCCACUGCAUCCUUUGGAUCCGACACCGCCAACUUCCCCCUCUACUCCGAGGUGGCUCGCUGGUAUGCCAGUGGAGUCACGGCCGUGCUUGCACUCAUGGCCACCAAGUCCCGACCCCAUCUUCUCUCAUCCCACACCCUCAUUCUCCCUUUCUCAAACUGCUCCUGGGUCGCCCCAUAUUGUCUCCCCUCGCUGUCUUCUCCAUCCUACCCUUCCCCUCCCUCUUGCCACCCCUGCUUCCCCCCUUCCAACAAGCAGCUCCUGGGCCGCCCCAUACUCUCGCCAGUCCCCAUCUACUCCUUUGCUGGCGCUGGUGCUGCCAUCACCAUCACGGCAGUGUGCAUCAGAGAGCUCAACGGGCGCAUUGGCAUUGGAGCCACCUGCAUGGUCUAUGCCCUGUGCACUCUCUCACUGCUUGUGAGUCCCUUCCUUUUCCUCGCAUGCAAGCCCAUCUGUCUUUGCUUUGACACGUCUCAAACCCUGCAUGGUCUACGCCCUCUGCGCUCUCUCGCUGCUUCUCUGGCAGUCGAUACUGAGUGGGGCGCCCAUGCUCGUGGGCUCCUGCAGCGGAUCCUCCCCCGUGGCAGCGGUGGCGUGGCGGCGAAUGCACUCGCUGCGUCUGCUGGGAUGUCUGCUCGCCUGCCUGGUCGCCUACAGCUGCUGGGUGGGUGUGAGGGACUCUGGUUCCCACCGGCCUCUGAGGCAGCGCGGGUGCUACUGCCCUCUGCCACGCCGCUUUACCUCUGGCCGCCUGCCAGCAUGGGGGUGCGCUACUGGUGGUGGAUCGGGCCCCUCGCCGUGCCCAUAUUCGCGUUUCUCCUGUUCUGGUACGUGCUGCCGCCACUGUUGCCGGUACCUCCAAACGCGGCUGCCUGCCUGCCAGCAAGGGUGUGCGCUACUGGUGGUGGAUUGGUCCGCUUGCCGUGCCCAUAUUCGCGUUCCUCUUAUUCUGGUAAGGGUCGGGCAUGCCCACCUCUCCGUUUCCCCUCUUCUGGUGUGUGCAACUCUAGACUCACCCCUCUUGCCUUUACACCUACCGCUUUCCACGCUCUCUCCUGCAGCGGGAGUGGCCAGGCAGUCCCGCUGCAGGAGCGCAUCUAUGUGCAUGCGAUUGCACUAUUGACGAAUUCUCAAGAGGGUGGGCUGGCUCGACCACAACGCAACUGCCUCGCUUUUGAGAAUUCUCAACGAGCAAUUCCCAAAUGGCUGCAGGAUGACUGCAUUCUGCAUUCUCAAAGAGCACCUAUUCCCCUCUCCUGCAGCUCGGACGGCCUAGCACUGGGCUGCAAGAGAGAGUCUCCGUGCAGACCUGCAGUCCUCCUGCGGCCUAGCAGUGGGCCUAGCAGUACGACCUACCUGCUAGCCCGCUCUGCUCCUCCGUCCUCCCCCCAUUCUUCUCGUCCCUCUCUCCCCCAGCCCUGCCAAGCUAGCAGGGGCACUGCAGGAGCGAGUCUCUCUACCUGCACUGCGACCUGCCACUCUGACGGCCUAGCAGUGGCGCUGCAAGAGGGAGUCUACGUGCAGUACCACCUAACUGCAGUACCACCUACCUGCAGUACCACCUACCUGCAGUACCACCUACCUGCAGUACCACCUACCUGCAGUACCACCUACCUGCACUCUGACAUUCUGGCAGUGGCGCUGCAAGAGCGAGUGUACCUGCAGUUUGGCCUGCCAUUCACCUCCCUGGUGCACUACGUCUCCGCCUGGUGCAGUUUGGCCUGCCAGUCACCUCCCUGCCAGUCACCUCCCUGCCAGUCACCUCCCUGCCAGUCACCUCCCUGCCAGUCACCUCCCUGCCAGUCACCUCCCUGCCAGUCACCUCCCUGCCAGUCACCUCCCUGCCAGUCACCUCCCUGCCAGUCACCUCCCUGCCAGUCACCUCCCUGCCAGUCACCUCCCUGGUGCACUACGUCUCCGCCUGAUGCUCCGUCUUGCACCACCCCUCGCACCACUCCCUUCCCGCCUUGCAGCUCUGACGGCCUAGCAGUGGCGCUGCAAGAGCGAGUCUAUCUACAAUACGACCUGCCAGUCACCUCGCUCGUGCUCUACGUGUCCACAUCCGCCUUGUUUGUUGACUUCUGGGCGUUUGCCUUCAGUGACCACUUCGACCGCGCCUUUGGCUUCGUCUUUGACUGCCCGCAGUGCCUGCUGUACCUCGUGCUCGCAUCCGUGCCAUCGACGCUGGCAGCCUGUCUAACAGCGUCCCAGCUGUUGAGAGUCCCGCCAUCAGCGCUGGCAACCUUCCUCACGGCGCUGCUGCUGAGAGUCUCAGGCGGGCUCGUCUCCUCUCUCGUCUUGCGGGUGAGCCCCCGCCCCUCUGCUUCUCGCCCGCGGCUCCUCCUCUCCUCUCCAUUGCCUGCCCCCUCUCUCUUGAAGGAGGCCCUGAAACUGAUAGGUGCUGCUGAGAGUCUUCGGCGGGCUGGUCCCUUGUCUCGCCUGGCGGGCGGCUUUCUCUCUCUGCUCCGUUCCCUCCCUCCCUCCUCCCUCCCUCCCUCUCUUCUCCCUUCCCUCCCUCCCUCCUCCCUUCCCUCCCUCCCUCUCUCCUCCCUUCCCUCACUCCCUCCUCCCUUCCCUCCCUCCCUCCUCCCUUCCCUCCCUCUCUCCUCCCUUCCCUCCCUCCCUCCUCCCUUCCCCCCCUCCCUCCUCCCUUCCCCCCCUCCCUCCUCCCUUCCCUCCCGCACUCCUCCCUUCCCUCCCUCCCUCCUCCCUUCCCUCCCUCCCUCCUCCCUUCCCUCCCUCCCUCCUCCCUUCCCUCCCUCCCUCCUCCCUUCCCUCCCUCCCUCCUCCCUUCCCUCCCUCCCUCCUCCCUUCCCUCCCUCUCCGGCCCCAUCCGUCCCUCUCUGCCCCAUGCAGGUCGUCAUGAUCCUCCUUCUCUUCCCUCUGGACCCUUUGCACCGCUCUGGAAAGUGCCUCAAAUUCUUACAGGCGUGGUAA